CUUUCUCUCCCAUCUUCAAUAUUCCUCUCCGAUUUUCACUCCAUCAUCUCUCAUCAUUAUUUGCACGAUUUCUACUAUUCCUUAAUUGUGUACUACAAAAAAUAGGGUUUAUAGAAGAAGAUUCAGUUAUCCAUUAUAAUGGCUGAAAGGGACACUCCAAGCAGGAAUACUCGAGGUAUACAAAAUAUGUUCGAUGGUCCUGUUUCUCAUUAGGACUUACUCAACACCAACACGCCAUUGCAGGCUCCUCUGAAAGAAUUACUGCUAAGAGGCGUAGCAAGAAGAUUCAUGACCCAGCAAGGAUGCAACAAUUUUAGCAAACCAAAGUUGAAAAAACGACAAAGCAAAAAAAGUCUGUACCAGUUUAAAAAGUUUCUAAAGAUCUGCAACAAAAGAAGAGAAAUGUAAACAAGCCUGCUAUAGUAAGUAAGGGUAAAAAGGUUGUCGAAGAUAAUCCUUCAGUUGUUGUGGAAGAAGAUGGAGAGGAAACUAAAUUCUAUGCUAAGGAGCACCCUCAAGAGGCUCCAUCGAUGAAACGUUACACGAAUGUCAAAGUGUUCAAUGAACUUAGGGACAAACUAACUGAUAUACAGUUAGAUUUGUUUUCCAAGACCAUUUUUGGCAAAUUUCUCAGAAUGCAAAACAUGGAGGUACAAGCACAAUUGUUUAGAUGGUUCAUGGUAAGAGAGCUUAAGGAAAGUACUUAUGAUUGCUUUACAAUGGACAUAAAUGGUAUAGUUUUGCGAUUUAGCAUUGGAGAAUUUGCACUUAUGAGCGGGUGAAAUUGUGUAUCUGAUGAAGAUGAUUUUACAUAUGAUGAGAUGCAAUCGAAUAGGCUUAUGGAUAAAUAUUUUGGUGGAACUAAGAAUCAAGUGAAAAGAUUUCAGUUGAUAGAUUGCUUCUAACAAAAGAAAUGGGAUGAUAACAAUGAGGACGCCGUCAAGAUUGCAUUACUGUAUUUUAUAAAUACAUACAUCUUUUGCGGUGAACCAAACAAAAUAAAUAUACCAAGGAUUCAUUUUGAAGUGGUUGAAUAUGGAAGAUAUGUAGAUUAUCCAUAUGGUAAAGAAUCGUUUCGCGAGUUGACCAAAAGCAUCAGUAAGAAAUAUGCUGGGCACAAACAGUAUUACAGGAUUCAUGGGAUGCCACUUGCCACACAAGUUUGGCUAUAUGAGUGUUGUUCACAAGUUCCAUCCCAUAUUGCUGUUAAGUCAGGGAAUUUCAUUCCAAGAAUGUGGAAUUGACGGUCCAUUGAAAGCCAACGAAAAUACAAUAUUUUGAUGGAAGGCAUUUUUAGAGAUGACAAACACCCGAUAACACAAACUUGUACUAAUUUUUCAUAGCAUGUAUUCAUAAUUAUGUGUAUUAUCAUUGUAUCUAUAUUUCACCGAUUCACAAAACAAUGGUUGAUCAUUGAUUUUUUUUCAAGAGGAUCAGCCAGAUGGAUUACUGUAUUUUUUUUUUUGUACAAGUAUAUGUAUUUACUUGUAUUUAUUUCAUAUUUUAUGUGUAUUUUUUAAUCUUUUUGUAUUUUCACUGUAUUUGUAUGUGUUCUUUGCACAAAUUUGUACUUUUGAGAACACAAUUCCCACCAUCAGUGAGUUGGAGUCCCUUCAUUUGCCUCCUAGUGUUUUCCAAGAAAAAGCCAAUCCCACAUAUGUUGAUGUUGAUGCACAUGAAGAUGCACAUGGCACCGAGAUGGUAGCUGAUGAGUAUGAUGAUUUCAGUACUACACCACCCCACAUUGCCUAGGGUAAACAACAACAAUGAAAAGGUGUAUCGGUUUCUCCACCUCCUAAGAAACGCAGACAAGUUACAAUUUCAGCUUCUCCGGCAAAGAAACAACCACUCUGGACCGAAUCAAUCACAACCCCGAAGAAUAUUCCGAACGGUCAAAACGUUGUACAGAAGUCUUCUUUAUCAAAGGUGAGGGAACAAAUGGAUCAACAUCCACCCACCCCAAGGCAUCGUGAUGUACCUACUACCACCCAGACGGAUGAUCUGAAACUGCUUAGGCAAGAUCUUCAAGAUUUUAAGAAAUCUGUCUUUGUUGAGUUCACUGAUCUUCGCAAGUACAUGGACGACAACUACAAAAAGGUGUUUGAAGCAAUAAAGGGGAAUAAUUCUUCCGAAAAGGCUGCUGAUAGUGAAGCUCCGUUUCAUCAAUAUGAAGUUGGCAUACAAUCCUCGCCUGAAUACAACCAACGUCAACAUUCUGCCAUACCAACAUCAACGGAUAAACAUGAUCUUGAUGGAAAUAAGUGUUAUGUAUUGUAA